ACACAUACACAAUGAACUCCGUGGCCAGCCAAUUCACGUUCAAGAACACCAAACAGGACUUCCAGGACGCUCAGCAGUCGCUUUCCGGCUUCCAGCAGUUGAACCUCGCGCCCUCGCUCGCGUUGCCGCCCAUCUCGCAGCCGACAGACUUCUUAAGAGCGCACACCGACGAUUCGGUGAACCCGGACUGUAAGAUCAAGAUUGCGCACGGGACCACCACGUUGGCAUUUAGAUUCAAGGAGGGGAUUGUGGUUGCAGUCGAUUCUAGAGCCACUGCCGGGAACUGGAUCGCAUCGCAGACCGUCAAGAAGGUGAUUGAGAUCAACCCGUUCCUCUUAGGGACUAUGGCCGGUGGUGCCGCUGACUGUCAGUACUGGGAAACCUGGUUGGGAACCCAGUGCCGCUUGCACGAGUUGCGGGAGAAGGAGAGAAUCAGUGUCGCCGCCGCGAGUAAGAUCUUGUCUAACUUGGUCUACCUGUACAAGGGAAUGGGGUUAUCGAUGGGUACUAUGGUCUGUGGGUACACCAAGAAGGAGGGGCCUACCAUCUACUAUGUUGACUCCGACGGGACCAGAUUGAAGGGCGAUCUCUUCUGCGUGGGUUCGGGCCAGACCUUUGCUUACGGUGUGUUAGACGCCAGCUACCACUGGGACUUGUCCGUAGACGAGGCUUUGGAGUUGGGGAAGAGAAGCAUCUUGGCUGCUACCCACAGAGACGCGUACUCUGGUGGGUCUAUUAACUUGUUCCAUGUGACCGAGCAAGGCUGGGUCUUCCACGGCAACUACGAUGUUGGGCCAUUGUUCUGGGAGACGAAGGCGCAGGAGGGGUCGUUUAACAAUGUGGAGGGUUAGUGCAAGGGUGAGUGUAUAGCUCGAGCUUGGGCAAUGUCAGACCAAACGCUGAGGGUGGAUGCGUAGCACGGACGAAAGGCAUGUAGAUGUCGGGUUAAAGAAGUGAACUAUUUAGACUAUCUAUAGCAAUG